AUGGCUUCGGCUCCGUUCGAGGUGCCCGGCCCUACGUCGCCGUUUGCGGUGAAUGUGGACCAGAGGUACCUGGUUGUCCCCGAGUUCACCUUGGAAAGCGGCGUGCGGCUGACCAAUGCCCCUGUCGCCUUCCAAACCUGGGGCAAGCUUGAUUCGACUGGCUCGAAUGUGAUCGUCGUGUGCCACGCUAUCUCGGGCAACGUCGUGGCGACCGAGUGGUGGUCAUUCUUUGUAGGCCCGGGCCGUGUUCUCGAUACCAACAAGUACUUUGUGGUGUGCUGCAAUGUGAUCGGCUCGCCGUACGGCACGGCCUCGCCAGUGACCCGGCGAGGCGGAGAGGAUGUGCAGAACGGCCAGUGGACGUGCGCGAAGCAUGUGCGUGCAUCCAAAGAGCAGACGGAGAUUACCUGGUGGGCGGAUGAAUUCCCCCACACGACUCUGCGCGACGAUGUGCGCCUUCAUAAGCAUGUGCUCGACUAUGUCGGUGUCCAGCAGAUUGCAUUGGUCAUUGGCGGCUCUAUGGGCGGCAUGCUCUCGCUCGAGUGGCCGCUGUGCUUCCCUGUGCGCAACCCCGGUUCGGUGGAUGCCCUGCCAAACGGCUCCAAGAACGAGCAGCCCUACAUCCGCGGCGUCGCGCUUCUCGCGAGCCCUGCACGGCACUCUGCCUGGAGCAUUGCCUGGUCCGAGAUCCAGCGCGCGUCGAUUGCUGCCGAUGCGCGCUACAAAGGCGGCCGCUACCUCCUCUCAGACCCCCCAGAGCAGGGAUUGGCGUCCGCGCGUAUGUGCGCCAUGAUGACCUACCGCCACCCCGACAGCGUCGACCGGCGCUUCCGGCGCCUGCGCGGCAAGCAGAACCUGAAGCCCGCCGCGGACAAGUCGGGCGAAAUUACCAAGCUUGCCGAGAAGAGCGGCACGACGCCUGCUGAGCUGGCCAAGAUCGAAGGCCAGCAGAGUCGAGAGAUGUUUGCGGUGCAGUCCUACCUGAAAUACCAGGGUGAAAAGUUCUUGGAGCGCUUUGAUACCAACUGCUACGUGCACCUUACCCACAAGCUCGACGCACACGACGCAGCGCGCGACCGUCACAGUUGGGCGAAGGACUCGGGCUCGGCGGACAGCGACGAGGUCCUCGCCGGCGUGCUCCGGCACCUCGGCACCUCGCCGGUGGGCUGCAAGGUCAUUACCUUUUCCAUCACCUCGGACCUCGUCUAUCCCCCGCCCGACCAGUAUUUUAUCCACCACAGUGUCCCGGGCUCGCAGCUGCAAGUGGUGGACAGCAGCGAGGGCCACGACGCAUUCCUGCUCAACCUUCCUUCCAUCGAGAAUGCAGUGCGUGCAUUCAUGCAAAAACUCUCGGCCUCGGCCAAGUUGUAA